AAUCAGUUUGCAGGAAAGUCGGGAUUUAUUGGAAAACGGGUAGGAAACGAAGCGUUGCUUGAGGGAGAACUGUAGAGACACAACAGCGAUGGCGGACGAGAAGCCAAAGGAAGGUGUGAAGACAGAAAACGAACACAUCAACCUGAAGGUGGCUGGUCAGGAUGGCUCGGUGGUGCAGUUUAAAAUCAAAAGGCACACGCCACUCAGCAAACUGAUGAAGGCGUACUGUGAACGACAGGGACUCACAUUGAGGCAAAUCCGUUUCCGAUUUGAUGGACAGCCGAUCAAUGAGACGGAUACACCUGCUCAGUUGGAGAUGGAGGAUGAAGACACGAUCGAUGUGUUUCAGCAGCAGACAGGAGGUGUGAUGUAAAGCGGGGCUUGUUUUCAUCCCUCCAUCGUUUCCCUCGUCAUUUGCUUGUGUUAACAGAUGAUCCAUCUUGCUGAAACCACAGACUGAACGGCUGCUCUGAUACAAAUGGACAGUGUUUAUUUCCCUUUCCCCCUUAUUCACGUCCUUUUCGUAUUGAUGGUUAUUACAUGAACACUUCUUAAGUGGUCCGUUUCCACCCAGUCGGACCUACGACCAUGAAAUACUAAAAACAGCGUAAAUCAGGAUGUCGUAUGUUUUUGUUUUUCAGCUUCCGUGACUGACAGUCACGGCUAAACUUAGUUUAUUUUACUCGCAGCAGUUGGUUUUAUAUCUUUUAUAUAUGUGAUAGGUUCUCUUUUUGUACCCGGUGGCUUUUAUUCCGUCACAUGUACAACGUGAAGUGUUGAUCGUUUUGUGUUGGAAUAAAACAAUUGUAUAAAAGUA